CGUCGGCCUCUAUGCACAUGAAUCGGAUCGGAUCGGAUCGGAUCGCAUCGGAUCGAACAUAGGCCUAAGAUGAGCCAAAUCGUACACUCAGUAGACCAGUAACCAUUGUCCAAGGCGAAAAGCUUGAAAGUACGAAAAGUGUAAGGAAAAGAAGCGCCAGCAAGACAGGACUUUCCCCACUUGCUCGCUAAAAAAUCAUCCAAAAUCCUUGGGAAAAAUCAAUCAAAAGUGCAUCGAGUGAAAUUGAUCAGAUUGGACCGAUCUAAUGGCAAUCUGAUUGCAGUUGAUUCGAGUGCAGUUCGUAAUCUCUGUAGGACGGGACGUUCAAGCUGCAGCUGCAGCGGACAGAGCGCGAACGAAAAUUGUCAACAAAGUCGUAAAACGAUUUGCGCACAAAAAAACGCUAACAAAGCCAAUAUCAAAUGAUCGAAUCGAACCCAGCAUAAGUGCCCACUUCCAGCGAAAGGAAGCAUUUAGCAACAGACAGAAACCAAUAGUAACGGCACACGCAUAUCCCUGGUAACAGUAACAGUAACAGUAACAGUAACAGAAAUACCGUUAACAGUAACUGAAAGUGAGAGCGGACACACCAUGCGAAACUAGAGGAGAGCACGACACGGUAGCGACAGCGGCAGUGGCAUCGGCAACGGCAGGACCAGCGCCAUCGGUCACAGCAGCAUCAACAGAAGCUGCAGCAGCGGCCGCAGCAGCAGCAACCGGAGAGGCAGAUUUGUGGGUGGCACUGUACAGUACACUCAUUUCCCGAGGCCUCGACCCGGCCCCCGAUACGAGUAGGACUACGACUAGGAAGAGGAAGAGGCCCCUGCCUUUUCUGUAUUUCUUUGAAAAUCAAGAAAAUGGUGCAUGGACCACCCACCCGGAGAAAAUCACAGCAGCCCCAGCAACACAAGGAUCAGCCCCACUACCGGCAGAGCCAAAACCAGAGAGAACAGAAGGAGCAGCAGCACCAUCAGCCCCACCAGAAACCAUGUGAAAUGGAUCUGGAGCGAAUGCCCACGCCGCCGGAUGGUGGCUGGGGCUGGGUGGUGGUGUUUGCGUCCUUCAUGAUUCACAUUGUCACCGAUGGGAUGACGUAUUCUUUCGGAAUUUUCUACAACGAGUUUCUCGACUACUUCAAAGAGGGCAAGGGUUACACUGCCUGGAUAGCCUCAAUCAUGGUGGGCGUGACAUUUUCAUCAGGUCCCAUCAGUUCUUCAUUUGUCAAUCGCUAUGGGUGCCGGGCGGUGACCAUAGCGGGGGCCAUCCUGGCCGCCAGUUGCAUCAUAGUGAGCAUGUUUGCCCAAAACGUCCUCACGCUGAUCAUUACGAUUGGGUUUGGCACGGGGCUUGGCUUCGGCCUAAUCUAUCUGCCGGCCAUUGUGAGCGUUACGCAGUAUUUUGACUCCAAGCGCUCCCUGGCCACUGGCAUCGCCGUGUGCGGUUCCGGCUUCGGCACCUUCGUGUUUGCCCCUCUUACGGAGUAUCUGAUCGGUAGCUAUGGCUGGCGGGGGGCCAUGCUGAUCAUCGGGGGCAUCGUGCUGAAUUGCAUCAUCUUUGGGGCGAUGUUCCGGCCGCUGGAGCUGGAGGCGCCGCCGAAGACGCCCCCGAACACUCCCAGUACCCCGAAGCUGGGGAAGAAGUCUGCCAUCAUUGACGAGAACACGACGCCCGCCGAGCUGGAGCCGCUCAAGGUGGUGCCCACGGAUCAGUACCUGCAGCUGCCCCAGCGCACGGAUGUCCCAGCAGGUGGUGUGGCCACUGGCGGAAGUACCUUGUGUCGAUCCAACAGCAUGGGACACAAUCUGAAGCCCAAUCUGAACAAUAACUCGAACGGCGCCAUCAAUGGCCAGACCCCCCUAGCGCCCCCGAUCCACACUACAGUGGUCGUGAAGAGCACCAGCAACGACGACAUCGCCCGCAAUUGCCACAGCCAGCUCCAGCUGACUCCGCUGCGGGAUGCUCAUCGGGAGCGAAGCGCCAGUGGAACCAUGUACCGCGUGGAUGCUCUCUAUCAAGGCUCGCUGCACAAUCUGCCGGAGUAUGCCAGCUCGAGGAACGACCUCAACCGCUCCAUGUCCGGAUCAGGAGUGAUCAAGCGAUAUGGUUCCUUACGCCAGAGUAAUCAGAUGGACCAGAGUCAGGAGAGCGCCAAAUGCUGCGGCUGCAUCACCUGCUCCACGGAGACCCGCGACACCUUUUCCGAAAUGAUGAACUUCUCGCUGCUGAAGGACAUGAUCUUUGUGAUCUUCUCCGUGUCGAACUUCUGCACUAGCAUUGGCUUUAACGUGCCCUACCUGUACAUAGCCGCCUACUCGGAGGAGCUCGGCAUUAGCAAGCAAAAUAGCAGCUAUUUGAUCGCCACAAUCGGCGUGGCCAACACCGUGGGCCGCAUCAUCCUCGGCUACGUGUCGGAUAAGCCGUGGGUCAACCGGCUUCUCGUCUACAACGUCUGUCUUACGGCCUGCGGUUUCGCCACUGCCAUGGUGCCGCUCUGUAAGGACUUUAAUUCGCUGGCAAUGUACUGCGUCGUUUUUGGGUUCACGAUUGGCGCCUAUGUGGGCCUCACCUCGGUUAUCCUAGUGGAUUUGUUGGGGCUGGAGAAGCUGACCAAUGCCUUUGGCCUGCUGCUGCUCUUCCAGGGCAUUGCUAGCUUCAUUGGUCCCCCCAUCGGAGGCGGGAUGUACGACCUGACGAACUCGUACUCUCCGGCCUUCCUCAUGGCUGGCCUGAUGAUCGCCAUCAGUGGUCUGGUCAUGUUUGCCAUUCCGCCGCUGCAACGCUAUCAGGCAGAUAAGGCCGACAACGCAGACCACAAAAAUAAUUCCGAGCACCUAUCUCUAAGUUAGUUCCACCACUCGCUCCCACUUGAGCUGCGUUUUUUUUUGUUUUUUUUUUUAUAAACUUUGUUAGAUUUAGAUGUAUGUAGAUCUAGGGCCAAGAAAACUAGUAUGCCAUAGCUAUUAAACUUGAUUAUUUAUGUUUAUGCAAAUCGUACCGCCACCCUUCCACUUUUCCACCCUUCAACCAAUGCUUAGUCUGAACGCUCAGACUGUCGUUUUUCAUCGCUUAUUGAAAAGAUAUACGUAUAUAUAUAUAUAUAUGACAAAUGUAUAAGUAGAAAUUGUUGUAGAGAAAUUAUUAUUGUCCCACGAGCAUCUAUGAAUGUAUGUAGAACGUUGGUUUGUUUGCCCGCAGUAGUAUGCCAGUGUAUACGAUAUUAAAGGAAGCUUUUGUACCACAGCAACAGAAA